CAAGCGGACGAUACAACAGCGUUAGUGGGCUCAUAAUUUAUCGUUAGCUAGUUAGCUAAGUAGCUAGUUAGCUAACGAUGAGUAACAAUGUGUUAACGUUAACCAUACAAGUCUAAAUCGUUUCAGUAAUGUUAAGUGUUAUAAAAAAACAAACGGAGAUAAUGUUUUUCUCUGUCCUGGAAGGAGGCACCGUUGUCGCACCAUGGGUGUGUUAUCCACGUUGAUGAGGGGUCUGGUAAGAGGAGCAGACAGGAUGGCUGAGUUCACCAGCAAGCGUGGAUCAAGGACUCAUAAUAAAGGCAGGGGCUCACGGCCCACCGGACUGAGGCUCUCCAGCUCGAAGUUUCUGUCCAUACGGACCAUGGUUCCUGAGUUCGUGGUUCCUAACUUAGAGGGAUUUAAACUGAAACCCUACGUGUCAUAUCGCUCUCCUCGAGGAACAGAGCCUCCACUCACAGCACAAAGUGUGUUUGCUGAUUGUGUGGCCCCUCAGAUCAAGAAAGACUUUGAAGAGGGCACUUUCAGCAAAGGACAGCUGGAGAAAUAUGGUUUUGAGCCCAAACAGGAGGGGAAGCUCUUCAAGCUGUAUCCCAAGAACUAUGUGCGCUGAUGUAUUUAGGAAGAAAGGCACAGAGUGCUGGGUAAACUGAAAGCUGCAGAUUAACUGAUGCGAUACCUUCACAAAUGGGAAUGUGUAUUAUAUUAAGAACAUUUUUUUUUUUUUUUUUUUUUUUCUUACAAGUGAUUGACUUUUCUGCUACUUGAUCAACUGGUAAAAUAAAUCGUGAGGGUCUAUGAUCUAUGCUGUAGAGUUGUGCUUAAGUCAUUGUAAAGGUUAUAAAGUAUAGGUGACAAGAACAUAACCUCGAGAUGACUGUCCUAGUUAUUCUUCAUAUUCUGUUAUACAGACAGGGUAUUUAAUAACAAUAUACUUGUUCAUUUUGCUCGGAGCCCUUUGAUUUUAAAGGCAUUUUCGCUCCAAGUUAAGAGAUGCACAGUGAACCUAGAACUUGACAAUGUAGUUUUAUUGGCCGGACAGUGUGAUCAGUGUGAUGAAUGUAACCAUUAAUUCAAGUGGCUUUUUAAUUUUUUUUUUUAAUACUAAUUUUCCAAAAUAUAAUGGGGUGAAAAUCCCCACCUCUGAUUUCUGGGGAGCUGUACAUACUGUAUGCUGGCAGAACAUCGUAAAAAGGGGUUUAUAUAGAGGAGGUUCAUUACAGGGGAGCCUUUAACCAGCUAAUCAGGGCGAAAAAGUCAAGCAUCAAACUUUCCAAAAUGUCAUUUAAUGCUUAACUGAAGAAGUCUCAACAUCCUUAGAAGGGUGCAAAUUAAGAGAAUGUCCCUUUGAGGACCAAUUCACACAUAUUGCAUGGGCACCGACACUAAAAUAGUCAAGCAAAUUUUUGUGAACAAUUUUCCUUUACAAGAUCACAGAGUGCUUAAAACGGCUAUAAUGGAGGAAAGGUUUGUGGAUGACUUGUGGUUUUGAUCUUGUUGCUACAGGAUUAUAAGGAACUAAUGUUUUAAAUGCAAGCUUAUAAAAAACAA